GCCUUAAGUCCCUACCCCUUGAAAGAGAAUACAGAAUAUCCACCAAAAGAGUCCAUUGUCCAGUUCCACCCCCAACCCCUCGUCAUCAUCAUCAGCCAUGGAUGGAGGCCCCUCAGAUUCUCUUUCCAACACCACCUAUACAGCAACACACAGUCACACACUCGAACCAUUGUAAAAUUGCUGUAAUAAAAACUUGUGAUUUUCUUAUUAAUAAUCAAAUUGGGUACAAAUACAAUACAUCAAAUUCUUCCUGCCAAAUUUACACCCAAAAAAAAUUCUUCCUUUAUACAAAGAAGAAAGUCCACCUUCUCUACCUAUUAUGUAUAUUUAUAUAAAGCUUUAAUCCACCAGCCAAAAAAGCAUCCAUGUCUGCUGCCUCUUCUUCCUCUUCUCUCUCUAUAAAUCAUUUACCUCGUUUUUCUCCUUCGCCUUCUCCUUCUCCUUCUCCUUCUCCUUCUUGUCUGUGUACAACAUCAUCAUCGUCAUCAUCAUUAACUACUUCAACCACUUGUUUAGCUUUGAGGAACCCACCAAAUUUUGCUAAAGUUUGUUGCUUUUCUACUUCAAGAAGAGAGUCCCUUGCUUUAGUUUGGAUAAAGGGUCAAUCUUUGCAGUGUGGAAGAACUAAAAGGCUUAUGAGUCCUUCAGAACUAAAAGGGCCCCUAAUUGCAGCAGCUGCAGCUAAAAACGAGACCAGCAUGACCAUUACGGAGGAUUACAUAGAGGAGGAAGAAGAGGAGAAUCCUCCUCCUCUGCUUGAAUCUGAGAUGCAAUCCCGGCCCAGGCGUAUUGCUCUCUUUGUUGAGCCUUCUCCUUUUUCGUGAGUCCCUUUUGAGCUUUUGUCUGUUUAAUUCUUGAAUUUGUUUGUAAUUCUGCUUCUGUCCAGUUUCAGCAUUAAUUGAUGUGAAGUUUUGACCAGUUUUGAUCACAUGGUUGACUUUGAUGGGAAUGAUGAAGUUGGCAAUUCUUGCACCUCAGGGUGCUUUAUUUUGAUAUUUGCUUAGUCCCGUGUUUUUUUACUGUAAGAAAAUUGAUGGAUCGUCUCAAUGUAGAUAAUUGAGGGAUAUUCGAUCCCUUGUUGAACAAUGCUAUGGAAGAUCUUCGUGAGCUACCAAUGAUUCCUGCUGGUAUUUUGAUCCUGGGACUUUUCCAUUUUUCAUUUACUUAAUUUUACACCUGAAACACUGAUGAAGGAUUAUAGGCUAUAAGCUAUUCCCACUGGUAAACUUGGCUCUUGUAUGAUGAACUGAAUUAAACCAUCCAAGCAUUGCCAGGUGUUACUAUUUGAACCUUUUUCUAGGCUCUGGAACCCUUCAAUAAUGCAAUGUCAUUGGUCGAGGAUUUGAUGGCUUGCCUACCUCUUAUUUGUGUCCAUUUUUGUUGGUUUUCUACUUUACCGGCAGGGUUAGAUGAUAAGAGUGUCGCCGUGGUGUUUCUCGCAUUAUUUAAUUUGUAACUGAUUUAAUGAGAAGGGGUGCAAUUUUUGUACUUCAAUUUGUCGGUGCGCCUUUGAUGUUAGAUAUUUCUCAACUUCAUGGUCUAUGAGAGGGCGAUUUUGACUUCUCCACUUCGUUUUUGUGGUUCCCUGUUUAAGUCACAUGUAUUAAUGUAGAAUAAGAUACCAAAGCUUAUUGUUUUUCCUGUUUCAUGUAUAAAACAGCUUGGUGAUGACUGUCUUUCCUAUUUCUCAUGCAGCUAUGUUUCUGGAUAUAAAAAUCGGUUCCAGAAUUUCAUCAAAUAUCUACGUGAAAUGGGUGAUGAGGUAUGUCUGGUUGUCUGUAACACCUUUUUUUUUUCCCACGGGACCUCUUGUUUCCUGCUGCUUCUAUUAUGUGACAUGGCCUAUUGAACUACGUAGAAACCUAUGUAUAAGCUAGUUACUAUAAGCCUAAAUAACUGCUUGGAAGGUAAUGGUAGUCACAACACAUGAAGGAGUUCCCCAAGAAUUUUAUGGAGCGAAAUUGGUUGGAUCAAGAAGGUAGUGAUUGUCUGUGUUUUGCAUAUUAUCUAUAUUUCUUCUUAUUUUCUUUUCCUGGUAUCUUAAGUACCUUACUGCAUAAUUACUUAAUGUAUAUCUGUUGCCAGACCUUUAGAUCAAUGGUUCUGAUAAGUUGCUUUGUGCUGUAUUUUGUGAUGUUUUCACACAGCUUUCCAUGUCCGUGGUAUCAGAAAGUGCCCCUUUCUCUUGCUCUUAGCCCUAGAAUAAUUUCUGAGGUCGCCAACUUCAAGCCAGACAUUAUCCAUGCAUCAUCCCCUGGUGUGAUGGUUUUUGGUGCUCUCGUCAUCGCAAAACUACUAUGUGUUCCCCUUGUCAUGUCUUAUCACACUCAUGUUCCAGUGUAUAUACCUAGAUACACCUUUAGUUGGCUGGUGAAGCCUAUGUGGCUAAUUAUAAAAUUUCUUCAUAGAGCGGCUGAUCUCACUUUGGUACCAUCAGCUGCCAUAGGAAAGGAUUUAGAAGCUGCUAGAGUGACUGCAGCCAAUAGAAUUCGUCUCUGGAAUAAGGGUGUUGACUCUGAGAGCUUUCAUCCAAGGUUCCGUUCUGAAGAGAUGAGAUAUAAAUUGAGUGGCGGAGAACCUGACAAGCCAUUGAUAGUUCAUGUUGGUCGGCUUGGAUAUGAGAAGAGCUUGGAUUUCCUCAAAAGGAUGAUGGACAAUCUUCCAGAAGCUCGAAUAGCUUUUAUUGGAGAUGGGCCUUACAGAGAGGAGCUGGAGAGCAUGUUUGCUGGCAUGCCUGCCGUGUUCACGGGCAUGUUGCAUGGGGAGGACCUUUCUCAGGCUUACGCCAGCGGAGAUGUUUUUGUCAUGCCUUCGGAAUCAGAGACGCUUGGAUUGGUUGUUUUGGAGGCCAUGUCAUCAGGUAUUCCUGUGGUGGCUGCUCGUGCAGGAGGAAUCCCUGAUAUAAUCCCUGAUGAUCAGCAGGGUAGGAUCGGCUAUCUUUACAAUCCCGGAGACAUGGAGGACUGUUUAAGCAAACUAAAGCCCCUGUUGCAUGACCGGGAGUUGAGAGAAACUAUGGGCCAAGCAGCGCGGCUUGAGAUGGAGAAGUAUGAUUGGAGGGCAGCCACUCGGAAAAUACGCAACGAGCAGUACAAUGCAGCCAUCUGGUUCUGGAGGAAGAAGAGAGCACAGUUGCUGAGGCCGUUUCAGUGGCUAUUUAAGCGUAUAUUUCAAACACAAGGUGAAAUCACCUACAGGUGAAAGCUGCUCAUGCUCUAUACUUCAAGUUGCAAAUACGGUAAUUCUUGGAAAGCAGAAAGAAGGCAUUCACUGGAUAUAUUGAAAGGGUGGAUCGCUUAGUUGCAGCAUUGUAUCGAUAUGUACAACAUUUACUGCAAAUAUUGGUGGUCUGUAAUGCUGUCAUUGAUUGGGUUGUGAUUGGAUUUUAGAUAUAAUGCAAGUGUAAUAAUAUUUGGAAAAUGAAUUUGCUCUAGCAUUUUCAAGAACUCUGCAUGUCUCCCUCCUUUCGUUUCCCCCUUGUUCAAAACUUGCAGUGAUGCAUCCCUAAUGAGUAAUAGAAUCUACCCUGAUUAGCAUUGCCAUAAGAGUUUCGGAUCGCCCUGAAUAAAAUCGACUAUUCCUCCCUCUCUACCUUUCGAUCUUGCAUGAAAUUGAUUCAUAUAAAGUGCAAACUCGGCAAAAUUAAGCAACGUAAAACAGCAAAAUGCAUUAAGGAUGCAAGAAAAAACAUCUGAAAGUCUUCUUCACUCAUAAACAACCCAUAAUCACUAACCAAUCUAGUAAAAUCCCAUAUAAUUAUGGAUCAAUUCAAUAUACAGAUCACACCAUCCUGCAUUUUCCCUCCUCUGGGCAUUUUCUUUAGCCUUCACUUUGGCGACCCCAAAGCCCAUAGGAUUAACUUCAUAAGACUUGAUGUUUGAACUUUUCCAAAUCACCAAUGAUGGCGCAGAAGCAAUUGCUUCAGAUUAUCAUGAAUUUUCCAUUUUUGCGUCAUUUGGGCUUUUUGAGAUUCAUUUCAUGAUGAAACAUACUGCAUGAAUUCCAUAUCCUUUUCCAGGGCAGCCAUCGUCUCCGGUGCUAAGACAACUUCAAGAUCGACGCUCCCAUUUCCUUCACUCCCCGGAAAUGCAGAAAUCUUGCCGUCGAAUUUAUUGGCCCGGCCACUCCUCACCGCAACCGGUCGGCCCCACCCGAAAUCAUUGUCGUACAUCGGAAACCUCGGAGAGCUUCCCAUAGUGAUCAUCGCUCCGUCAAAGUUUCCCAACGGGAACAGCCUCGGGUUACUCUCCCAAUCCUUGAUUCCCCGGCGAACCGUGGCGUCAUCGUGGGCCACCACAUUCCGGUGUAGCCGAUAUGCGCCCCACCUCAGAUCGUUCGACAGCAGCUCUCCGGCAGAAGCGACGGUCGGAAUGCUUUGUAUCGCGUUCCCGAAGUAUAGCGGGUGGAGCCUCGGGUCGACCCGGUGCCUGCAGUUCACCGCCAUCCUGAACGUCGUCGUUUUGUUCUGUUCCAAGUUCCUGGCGCGCGUCACUGAUCUCCACAGCUGCGCGCUGAGCGAUUGAAACGAUGAGAUCUCGUCCGUCGGUUUCUUCUCCGACCGGAAUUCGGUCACCGGCGCUAUCUUUCCGUUGGGUUUCCCGUUGGCCGCCGCCCAAUUGUCGUUACGUAUUUUCCCGCUAAUCUCUGGCUGCUUAUCGUUGGCCCUUAGCUUGAGCUUCAAAAUGGAUUCCCGGCUGAAAUGGAAGAUCUUCUCACGCAGCGGCUCAUCGCCUGAAAAAGUCGCCGACGGACCUCCGGCUGGAAAUUGAAGAACCGCCGGAGAAUUGAAGACUGUAUCGCGGGAAAAGUCAGGGGACUUGGAGAUCUUCUUAGGCCCUUUCAAUUUACAAACUUCAGCAAAUGUAUUAAAGAAGUUCCAGAAAGAUGUGCCAUCCACCACCGCGUGGUUGACGGUGCAUCCGAUGAAAACUCCGUCGCGGAGCUCCGUCACCUGUACCGCCACAAUAGGCUUAGAAUGGCCAGCAUAACUAAGGGUGUUGUCGAACUGAAAGAAUUUCCGGAAGUAGGCUGGGAUAUCAUCAUCAGCACCUUGAUCAUCGGAAUGCGCAGUGACGAUAUCGGAUUUUGCAUGAACGAACAGAACGCCGGCAUCGUUACAGAGGAUGUGGACGUGGCCAUCGGAAUCAGUUUGGAGCCGGCCGGCGAGGGCAGGGAAGUGGGAGAGAGUUUUGGAGAGGGAAUUCUUGAGGAGAUAAAUGAGAGCGGCGGAUUCAAAGGGAGGCUGGGAAAGCAGAACACCUUUCUGGAUAUACUGACAGGAAAGCAUGGGAAGAUCAGAAACAGAGAGCUUUAAAGACUUUAAGUUGGAUUUGGAUUCUGGAUAAACUGUGAAUUUGGAAACAACAUGAAUUGAAGGUGAUGAUGAUGAUGAUGAAGAAGAAGAAGGCAUCGUAGUAUAAUUGUAUCUUCUUCACGGAAAUUAAUGUGGUAGAGUAUGGGGUUCAGAAAUCAAGAGUACGCAGGUAAUAAAAAGGUUUUAGGAAGGUGGAGAACAUCAGGGAAAAGAGGAUAUCUAUUUAUAGAUUCGAUUGAUUCAACGCACUCAGGUAUGGGUUCAUGCACUUUGGAAAAUCUGGUAGUUAGAUGUUUGCCUGAAUAUCAUUUUAAUAUUGUCAUCCAACUUGUUUCUUUUUUUCUUUUUU